GAACGAAGGUUCACCAAUGUCAUGGAGAGACAGCUGUCGCUGCUUGAGGAUGCGGGUGACAGCAUCGCAAGGCACCUCUGGGAUGGCAGCCAGGCCCUGGCCCACCAUAUCGACCAGACCCUCUCGCUACAAAGCCAGCACACACUCCCACUUCUGGAGUACGUGCUGCUGCAAGCUGCCUAUCGAAGACUCAAUGCCAUCGAGCUUGGUUGUGGUUGUGGCACUGUCGGCAUCAGUGUCGCGCAAGCCAUUCCGGAUUGUGACAUCUUGCUUACGGACCUGGAUGAGGUCACUGAACUGGUCGAGGCCAACAUCGAACGCUGUAAUGCAGCCAUGUCGUCGAAAGUAAGAUUUCAGGCACUUAACUGGUUGGAGCCUCUGCCGCAAAAUCUGGAGAGCAGAAAGAACGACUUGAUCAUCGUUUCCGAAUGCACCUACAAUACUGACACGUUAGAGCCGCUGGUUGGAAUACUGGUCUCUCUCAUCGUGCGAUCGCCGAAAGCUGUCAUUUGUGUGUGCACAAAGACUCGACACGAAAGCGAGGCUGUCUUCUUCGACCUCAUGAAAAAUGCUGGUCUCAUCGAAGAGGGCAGCAUGAGAUUACCGCUACCAGGCGAGCCGGGACAUGGCUACUCCGAUUCUGCUACAGAUGUUGGUCUGCACUUGUUUCACGGAAAGGAUCAUCGACUAAGUCUGAGUCCCCGAAACCAGAGCGAAGAUCAAAUACCCAAAGUCAAAGUCACGAAGCGGUGCAAAUCGAGAUGAGUGCGGUAUGAUAUGCCGUGUUAAAUUCAUACCAGCAUG